AUGAAGUCAACUACCAUCCCAACACUAUCUCCUGUAGAGAAGCUGGGUCUUGGGGUAAAGAUACUUCUUCUACCCGGAACCAUCGUGGGCAUUCUCAUUAGAGGCCUGCCACUUGCCAUCCAAUACAAAGUCCCGUUGAAUCUCUGGUUUAGCUGCAUGGUCGGACGCAUCCUCCUCGGUAACUUCAACCCACGCCAGAUCCAAUUCCUCUCAACGCCAACGAUAGAUGCCUACACAGCCUGGAUCAAAAAGCAGCGAGACCAGGGUCGUCACUCUCGUCUAAGCAUCGACAUUGAGCCGCUUACUGGCACUGACGCUUCCAUAUUAUGGAUCGGCAAUCGUAAGAAGGCAUCUAAAUUCGUACUCUUUUUGCAUGGCGGCGGAUACGUUGCGCCCCCUCUACCGGGCCACUUCACUUGGUGCUGGGAGGCGUAUGUCAACGGUGGACCUGGGACGGAAAAAGAGGUUGCUGUUGCGUUUUUACAGUACACUCUGGCUCCAGGUGCUAAAUAUCCCGAUCAACUCCGUCAAGCUUCCGCCGCUCUAGAUCAUGUACUUCAAAGCGGCGUGAACCCAAGUGAUCUGAUAGUCGGUGGUGACUCGGCUGGAGGGAAUUUGGCAGCUCAACUCGCUUACCACCUCCUACAUCCGAACCCAGCUGUCCCGGAAGUCAAGCUUGAAAGACCAUUAGCAGGAAUGUUCUUGGUUUCUCCAUGGCUAAGCGACCGAACAGACACGGCUUCCUUCGAAAGCUACGGCAAUGUCGACAUGCUUUCUGCAGGCUUGCUCCAACACACGUCCAUACACUCAUUCAGCAGUGAAAAUCUGAAACCAAAAGUCAACCAAGCUCACCCCGCUCUCCCCAUGGAUGGAGAUUUAUCAUGGUUGAGCGAUCUCCCAACGAUCACGAAAGCACUCUACGUUACUAUUGGAGCACGCGAGGUCUUUUGUGAUGCAGUCGUCGAAUUUGGGAAAGCUGCUCAGGAGAAAUGUCGGUCUAUUCCUGUAGUGCUUGAAGUUGGUGAGCGUGAGUGUCAUGACUUUAUACUGAUUGAGAACCAAGCAGAGGUGAUAGGGGAUGCUACGGAGAGGAUGAGGAAAUGGGCGUCGAGGAUAUUAGUGGACUAG